CGCCUGGCUGCAAGUAGGCAGUCCUGCUUCCUGUGACCUUGGGGCUUGAACAGGACAGGGCCCAGGGGGCCCAGUGCACUACCUCCUUCCCCAAGCCUUUUUCUCUUAAUUGCUCCUCUGUAGCUUCUUCCCCGCCCUCUCCUGCCCUAAACUGCUUCCUGGGCCGGAACUGUUUGGCUUUUUCCUGCCCCGGUUAGGGUUGGAGGGGGCGGGCGUUGUCGCAGCCCUUAACUUUCUGGGAGCAUGGAGCCCGGGAAGGCGGUGCCUGGGGCGCACAGCAGCGGGCCUCGGGUGGCCGCGGGGUCAGGGACGGCCGCGGAGCUCGUGUACCAUCUAGCGGGGGCCCUGGGCGCGGAGCUGAAGGAGCUGGCGCGCCGCUUCGGGCCGGAGGCGGCGGCCAGGCUAGUGCCACUCGUGGUGCGGACGCUGGAGCUCCUGGAAAGGGCUGCCGUGGGGCCGGACCCAGACUCACUGCAGGUGUCAGCGCAGCAGGCCGAAGUGGAGCUGCGGCGGCUGCGGGAGGAGAACGAGCGCCUCCGCAGAGAGCUGCGCUCUGGGCCACAGGAGGAGCGCGCUCUCCUGAGGCAGCUCAAGGAGGUGACCGACCGCCAGCGGGACGAGCUCCGCGCGCACAACCGAGACCUGCUGCAGCGCAGCCAGGAGACCGAGGCGCUGCAGGAGCAGCUGCAGCGCCUCCUACUGGUGAAUGCAGAGCUGCGGCACAAGCUGGCCGCCGUACAAACCCAGCUGCGCGCCGUGAGGGACCGCGAGAGCGAGCGGCAACUACAGCGCCAGGGGGUCGUGGAGCUGGCGCGGGACCAGGCCGGGGCGGCCGGGUACGAGCAGAGGCAGGAGCCCGAGCGGGCCACCGCCGACGCAGGAGCCCCGGGGACCCCUGAGGACCCGGCGGGUGCCCUGCAGCAGCCAGGGUGCCCCUCCAAGGCAGGACAGUGCAGCUUCAGUCGAGAGGAGCUUGAGCAGAUCCUUCAGGAGCGGAAUGAGCUCAAAGCCAACGUGUUCCUGCUGAAGGAGGAGUUGGCCUACUUCCAGCGGGAGCUGCUCACAGACCACCGGGUCCCUGGGCUUUUGGUUGAGGCCAUGAAGGUGGCUGUCAAGAAGCAGCGGAAGAAGAUCAAGGCCAAGAUGCUAGGGACCCCAGAGGAAGCAGAAAGCAGUGACGAUGAAGACAGCUCAUGGCUCCUGCUCUCCAGUGAUAAGAGAGCCCACCCUCCACCCACUGAGUCCAGAAUACAGAGUUUCUUUGGCCUGUCCUAUCAGGGUGAAACAGAGGACCCUGAAGCCCAGAGCAGCAGCGUGGCUCCCAGCGAGCUAGGGGGAGAAGAGGAGGCUCCACAGCAAUCCCACUUGGCGCCUGGGGGCAGCCCCCCCAGUCCUCAACUCCUGACUAGCUCUGCUCAGCACUCGACGAGCAUCUUUGUCUGGGGGUCUCAGCUGCCCCCAGAGACCUGACUUUGGAAUUGGGCUAUGGGUGGAUGUGUGGCCUCAAAUGAAGACAGGGCUCCCUCCUUCUCGGCCCUCCCCAGGCUCUUUCCCAGUUCUGGCCUGAGCCAGGGCAUGAUGAAGAGCUCAGCCUACCUUCCUUCCCUGUAUCUUUGUGCCAAGCCUCAGGGCCCAGAUAAAAGUGCUUCCUUCUGGAGUCUCAGUUUUCUUAUCCAUAAAAUAGAGAGCUACCUCCCUCCCUCCCAAGGCUUUGUGAGAAUGGCCUAAGCUAAUGCAAUAAAGCAGCUGCCCACGAUACCCAGAAACGGCUCCACGUCUGUGUGUUAGUCGUGGGUCCCUGCCUGGCUCCGCCGGGACAGGCUGUGGUUUCCUCACAGGGUCUUGUUGGUUGUUAGUGGGUGGGGAGCUUCUCCCAGC